CAGAAAUUGCAAAAUAAUUGUGUAAAAGCACAUUUAAAAGGUCGCAACGAUGCUCUCGCUGCUGCAGGAGAAGCGUCCGCUCAAGCGCACCCGCCUCGGCCCGCCGGAUAUUUAUCCGCAAGACGCCAAGCAGCGCGAGGACGAACUGACGCCCUCAAAUGUGAAACAUGGCUUCAUAACGACGCCGCCGCUGUCCGACGAGUUUGGCACGGCGCACAACUCGAAUGUGAAUGCCAGCAAGGUGAGCGCGUUCUUCAGCGGCGUGCUGGCCAAAAAGGAGGAGCUAAUGACGCUACAGGAUACGGUGCGCAAGAAGCAGCAAAUCAAUUGCAAAGAUAACUUUUGGCCGGUGUCGCCGCGUCGCAAAUGUACGGUGGAUGCGUGGUUCAAGGAUCUGGCCGGCAACAAGCCGCUGCUCAGUCUGGCCAAACGGGCGCCCUCCUUCAACAAAAAGGAGGAAAUAUUUAUAACACUCUGCGAGAACCAAGUGAAUAUGCAGCGUGCCACCUGGUUCAUCAAACUGAGUGCGGCAUACACGCUCAGCUUUACCGAAUCGAAGAAUAAGAAGCGCAGCAUCUAUGAUCCGGCCGCGGAAUGGACAGGUAACAUGAUCAAGUUCAUGAAGGAGCUGCUGCCCAAGCUGCAGGAAUACUAUCAGCAGUCUCAUGAAAAGAAUGGCAUGCAAUCCAAUGGCAGCAGCAGCAGCUCAUCCACCACCAGCAGCACCAGCAGUAGCAACAGCAACGGCAGCGCCAACAACAACAGCAGCAGCAGCAACAACACCAACAGCGGCAGCAAUAACAACAGCAGCGUGGGCAACACGUCGACACCCAAUGUUAUACCUGUGCCCAGCAUGUCGAGUCCGCUGCCGCCCAUACACAGUCCGGCUAAUGGACAGCCAGGUGCUGUGGGCAGCGGUGCAGUUGGCGGCGCUGUCGCCGGCGCUGCUGCCCCACCGGGCACAGCACUAGCCACGCUGAGCGGCUCGGCAUCUGGCGGCGCAGCUGGAGCUAGCGCCGGCGCUGUUCCGCCCGGCUCGAGCAUAUCGGGCAUUGGCAGCCAGUUUGAGGAUAGUCGCAAUGCGCUUAAGUAUUGGAAGUACUGCCAUCAGUUGAGCAAGUACAUGUAUGAGGAGUCGCUGCUGGAUCGUCAGGAGUUUCUCAACUGGAUACUGGAUCUGCUGGAUAAGAUGCGCACGCAGGCCAGCUUCGAUGAACCGCUAAAGAAGCUGGUGCUCAGCUUUGCACUGCAGUAUAUGCACGAUUUUGUGCAAUCGGAGCGGCUGUGCCGUAAAAUGGCCAAUCUGGUGGCCAAGAAGCUCGCCCAGCUGCUAAACUCGGCUGUCGAGCAGCAGCAGCAACAACAGCAACAGCAGGCCCUAAUCAAAUCACAGGCCAUGGAGCUGGAUGCACCUGAUGAGCAGCUCCACCAUCAUCAGCAGCAGCACCAGCAACAACAAUCUGUGGAUCCCUAUGAGCAGGCACUGCAUGACUACAUGAACUGUCCGCACCAUCGAGACAUUGUGCUCUACUUGAGCACCAUACUGCAAGUGAUUACCAUUGAGUGCCCCACGGCGCUGGUGUGGAGCGGCAUAGCAGCUCACAGGGCACCUUCCUCACUGGUGGGCAGUCCACUUGAUCAUUUGCCACUGGCGCCAUCGGUGCUACCGAUGGCCUCACGUUGUCCACGCACCAAUCAGGAGUUGAGGAGACAACUGCGUGCCGCCGAAGCGGACAUUGUGUUGCGCACACAGCACGCCGAGCAGCGCUGGUUCGCCUCCAAGUGGUUGAGUGCAGGCAAGAAUCAUUAUACGAAUGUGCUGGCCACAUUGGAUCACCUGGACACACACUGCUUCGAGCGCAUGGAUCAGUGCAAUUCCAUUGAUACGCUCUAUGCGCACAUCUUUCCCCCACAAUCGGCGCAGCUGUUGCGCCGCUCCGAGGAUGAUCAACAGCAGCAGCCACAGCGAGCUGUCUAUGAGCCCAAGCAGGAUGCGGAUACGGUGCGGAUAUUGUGCGAAUGGGCGGUGUCCAGUCAACGUUGGGGCGAGCAUCGGGCCAUUGUGGUGGCCAUAUUGCUGGACAAGCGUCAAAUUGAUGUGACCAGUACACCAGCGGAUCUGUGCGGCGACAAGGAGGACAAGGAUUCGCUGGCCUCCGGUGCUGGCAUCAUUGAUGGCUUGCCCGUCUUUCAGCACGUUCUCAUGCACUUUUUGGAUCACGAUGCGCCCGUCUUGGAUGAGCACAACAGUAGCGCCCAACAACGCACCGAAUUCACAAAUCUCGUGCAGUUAUUCAGUGCGCUCAUCCGUCACGAUGUCUUCUCUCACAAUGCGUACAUGCACACGCUGAUCUCGCGUGGCGAUCUGCUGCUGGAGUCGAUGUUAGUGCAUAAGCCGGCAGCGAAGAGUUCACCGCCGCCGCCAGCGCCACCGCCGCCCAACAGCAGCUCGACAGCUCAUGCAUUCGAUGACGAUGGCUUUGGUUCGGGCAUUGGUAUUGAUUUCAAGCACAACGAAUUCGAUGACUCCAACGUGGACGAUGAUUUGGAUAAGCUGGUACAAAACAUUAAGGAGAAGGGUCAACAACACGAGGCACCCGACAGUCCCAAAAUUGGCGGACCUGGCGAUGGUGAUGGUGGUGGCGUUGACACGCCUGCAUCUGGCGUCAGCAUUUCCAGGCAUUAUGUGUACACGAAACACUUUCCCAUACCGCAGGACGAUCCCAGCAUGUCCAGCUAUAGUAGCGAGAGCAAUCAACGCUACAUUCUCCUCUUUGGCGUUGGCAAGGAACGCGACGAGAAGAAGCAUGCCGUAAAAAAGAUGUCCAAGGAGAUUGGCAAGCUCUUCACCAAGAAGUUCAGCAUCGAUGUCGCCGAGGGCGGCAAGGUGAAGAAGCAUUCGCGCAACGAGUUCAACUUUGAGGCGACAACAGCCAAAUGCCAGCACAUGGCCUACUUUGAUCAGCAUGUGGUCACCGCCCAGUGUGCGGCCAAUGUGCUCGAGCAGCUGAACGGGUUCGCCUUGGGCAGCAACAACUAUUUGCCCGUGCAGGAGCACGUGGCAUUUCUAUUCGAUCUGAUGGAGCUCGCGCUUAACAUUUACAGCCUGCUCGAACUGUGCGAUCAUCUGCUCAAGGAGCUGCCCGAAGUGGAGCAUCAGCUGCAGCAGAAGAAGUCCAACAUGGUGCGUGGCUAUACUACCUCGUUGGCCCUGUAUAUUGUUAGCAUAUUGCGUCGCUAUCACAGCUGCUUGCUGCUCUCGCCGGAGCAGACGGUGUCCGUAUUCGAAGGACUCUGUCGCACCAUACGCCACGUGAGCAAUCCCAGCGAAUGCAGUUCCGCAGAGCGUUGCAUUCUCGCCUACCUCAGCGAUCUGCACGAGUCGUGCAUUCUGCUGCAGGGCAAGGAGCAGGCAGCCGAAUACUAUCAACAGCUGAACUGCAUCAAGCGAUUCAAGGAUAUCUUCAAUACGCCCGAGCAGCUCAGCAUGGCACCGCAAGGCUAUAAUACACAGUUGCUGCAGGAGCUGUUCGUGGCGCCGCGACGUGGCGGCAAAUUGGAGUCGCAUUGGCUGCGUCAGCUGCACGAAUCAUCGGCAAAUGUGUACAGUUUUGUGUCGAACGCUGUGAUCGCCGUCUGCCGGGAAACGGACAACGAGCGGCUGAACGAUGUGGCGCUGGCCUGUGCAGAGCUAACGGCCAGCUGCAAUGUGCUCUCCGAGGAGUGGAUUGCGGCGCUGCAGAGCCUGUGCAGCGGCAGUAAGAGUCCACGCUAUCCGCAUCUUGGCGGCCAGGUUGAUAUUGGCCAGAGCAAGACGCACAAUGCGCUGGCCGUCUUUGUGUGCAUUCUUGUUGCGCGUCAUUGCUUCUCCCUUGCGGAUUUCGUUAGUAAAUUUGCGCUCCCGACGCUGGCGCGUUCAGUGAGUGGCGCCAGCGGUGGUGAGUUGAGCGUGGAUGCCGAAGCAGGUGCUCGUCUCACCUGUCACCUGGUGCUGAAGCUGUUCAAGACUCUGGAAAUUCCGCAGCCGGGCAUGUAUUCGGUUAGCACGUCUCCCAAUCCGCUUCAUGCGGCAGGCAGUGAUUUUAGCAUACGGCUCAGCUGCGAUCGUCAUCUGCUGGUUGGGGCACACAAGACCAUACCCAUUGCUGCUGUGCUGGCCGUGCUCAAGGCCAUACUCAUUGUGGUGGAUAAUGCGGCACAGAAAACGCCGCUGGUUGCCAGCGGCCUGGGCUCCUCGAGCAGCGGCAGCGCCUUUGGUAGUGGUAAGCGCAGUGGCUUCAAUACACCCGUACAUCCGGGCAGUACACCCAAGAGCAAUGAACAGCGACCGGCGGAUCUCAGCCAGAUAUUGGGCACAAGUGAUCUGCAGCUGGGCAGCUUGGGCAGUGAACAGGAGUCGCUGCAGCAGACAACGAGCAGCAGUCUGGUUGGUAACGAGCAAAUCUCACUGCUCGAAUUUGCCCAGGCAGUGCUCAAGCAGAUUUGCGCCCAGGAGCAUGUCCUGGAGCGGUGCUUGAAGAAUGCGGAGCAGCUGUGCGACAUGAUCAUCGAUGAGAUGCUAACGGCCAAGCAGGCGCAGCGUGUGCUGCACAUGAUCUGCUAUCCGGAGGCGGAGUUCAAUAUUAUUUCCGAGCUGGAUCAGCGUUCGAUGAUAGUGCGCAUAUUGGAGCAUCUGGAUCAGUGGACCUUGCGCAUUUCCUGGCUGGAUUUGCAGCUCAUGUAUCGCCAGUCGCUCAGCAAUAAUACAUCGCUGAGCAACAAUACGGAGCUCAAUGUUUGGCUGGAUACGGUGGCACGAGCGGCCAUCGAUGUGUUUCACAUGGAGGAGGUGACGCUGCCGGGUGCACUGAAGGCCACCCAUAAGCCCAAACCCUCCACAUGGCUAGUGGCGCCACUCAUUGCGAAACUAACUCCCGCGGUUCAGGGACGCAUCUUGCGUGUAGCCGGCCAGGUGCUCGAGAGCAUGAACUACUUUUCCAAGGUGCCCAAAUCGGACUGCAACAGCUCUGGCAGCGGCGAUGAGCGCGAGAAGAGCAACAGUUGCCACAGCAGCAAUAGCUACGGUGGCAAUGGCAGUCUUACGGCUCGCAACAAAAAGAUGCCGCUCAACUAUCAGCCCUUCCUGGGCCUCAUACUCACCUGCUUGAAGGGCCAGGACGAGUACAAAGAGAAUCUGCUCGUCUCACUCUACUCCCAGCUCUCGCAGUGUCUGCAAUCCUUCGCUGAGCUGGACACCAUUGGUGGCAUCGAUGAGCCACAGGCACGUGAGGAAAUUCUGGAUGCGCUGCAGUUGCGCUUCUCGCUGGUGGGCGGCAUGUUUGAUGCGAUACAAAAGAACAGUACACCCACAACGGAUUGGGCUAUAUUGCUUGCCCAGCUGGUUUGUCAGGGUGUUGUCGAUCUGAGCUGCAAUCGUGAAUUGUUUACGACAGUGGUGGACAUGCUGGCGACGCUGGUCCAUUCCACGCUCGUCUCCGAUAGUCAAUCGGAGCGGGAUGAGCACAAGAAGCUCUAUCUCAAUCUGAUGAAGAAACUCAAAAAGGAAAUUGGCGAAAAAAAUAAUGCUUCGAUACGCGUCAUACGGCAAUUGCUGCCGCUCUACAAGCAGCCGACAGAGGUCAUAGCCUGUGAGCAUGCGGGCAUGGAUACCAAGGGCAAUAAGAUUUGUGACAUGGACAAGAAGCAGUUGCGCAUCUCGGAUAAGCAGCGCAUCAGCGUCUGGGACAUACUCGAGGGGCACAAGAACCCGGCUCCAUUCUCUUGGGUGUGGUUCGGUGCUGUCAAACUGGAACGCAAACCGCUCACCUACGAGGAGGCGCAUCGCAAUCUCAAAUACCACACGCACAGUUUGGUCAAGCCAAGCAGUUAUUACUAUGAGCCAUUGCCGUUGCCGCCAGAGGACAUUGAGCCAGUGCCGGAGAAGAUUUGUAUAAAGGAUGAAAUGAUGAAGGCCGACACGCCGUCAUCGGUGGAUCAAUCGCCCAGCGCUGUCGUUGGUACGGGACGUGGUCGGGGCAAGGGUACCACGACGCGCAAACGCAAGCCGAAGAAUCCGAAAACGCCGCCCGUGGUCAACACGCAACAGCAGCAACCUCAGUUGGCGCCGCAGCCGCAGCAGCAGCCAAAUGCGCAGCAGCAACAGCAAAUGCAGCAACAACAGCAGCACAUGCAGCAGCAAAUGCAGCCAAACCAAAUGGGACAAAUGCCGAUGAAUAUGCAGAUGAACAUGCAGCAGUUUGGGCCGAAUGCGAUGAUGCAGCAGCAGAAUGCACUAAUGCAACAGCAGCAGCAGCAACAACAACAGCAGCAACAGGUUCAAAUGCAACAAAUGGCGCCCAAUCAAAUGCAGCAGCAGCUUAGCGUGGGCGGCAAUGGGCAGCCCAAUGCACAAAUGAACUUUAUGCAGGGACCCGGGCCGGGUGGCCCGCAAGGCAUGCCAGGACAGCAGCAGCAGCAACAACAGCAGUGGCACAAUGCACCCCAGCAGCAACAGCAACCGCAGCAGUAUCACAAUCAAUAUCCGCAUCAGCAGAACAUGCAGAUGAAUCGAAUUGAGCGACCGCCGUUGAAUACCAAUUCCAAGCAGGCAUUGUCACAGAUGCUGCGCCAACGGCAGCCAGGUUCGUUCCAGCAGCAGCAGCAACAGCCACCAGGCGGCUUCAAUCCCAUGCAGCAGCAACAGCAACAAGCACAACAGCAGCAACAGGGAUCGCAGCAGCAGCAAAUGAAUGCCCAACAAUUGCGGCAGCAGCAGCAAAUGAAUGCCCAACAAAAUCCACAGGCAGCGGCCGCUUUCAAUGCCAUGCAACAGCAGCCCAAUGUGCAGCAGCAGCAGCAAAUGAAUCCUAAUCAACAGAUGCAACAGCAGCAGCAACAGUUCAUGCGUGGCAGUUUGCGCGGCAUGGCGCCUAAUCAGUUGGGUGGCAUGAAUAUGGUGGGGCAGGGCAUGCCACAGAAUCCAAUAUUGCAGCAGCAGCAGAUGACUCAAGGCAUGGUCGGCAUGGUCAAUCCAAAUGCAAAUCAAAUGAUGCAGGGAGGCGGUGCUGGCGGCAAUGGCGGCGUUGGCGUAGGCGUAGGUGUUGGCGUUGGCGCUGGUGGCAAUAAUCCGAAUAUGGGCAUGGGCGGCAUGCCCCAGCAGGGCAUGAUCCAGCAGCAACAGCAGGUGCAAUUUCAAAAUUUCCAAAAUCAACAGUAUCAGCAGCAGCAGCAACAGCAGGGAAUGCAGCAGCAGGGCGGCGGUGGAGGCGGAGGCGGUGUGGGCGUGGGCAUGGCGCCAAAUCAACAGCAACAACAGCAAGCUGGUUUAAUGAGCAAUUUCAAUCCGCAGAUGCAGCAGGCGCAACGCAACAAUCCCGACUUCAUGGCCGCAGCAGUCGUUGCUCAACAGCAGCAGCAACAACAGCAGCAACAGCGUGGUGUUCCUGGCGGCAUGAUGGCCGGCAAUCGGGGACAAUAUAUGAAUCAGGCACCUAAUGUAACCAUGACCAACAUGAUGGGUCCAGGACCCGGUGGCGUUGGCGUUGGCCAAGUACCACCCUAUGCACGCCAACAGUCUGCGGGUGGAGGGAAACCGGGUGUAAUACCCACACAGCAACAAUUCCAGCAACAACAGCAACAGCUCCGUCAUCAGCAGAUGAUGCAAAUGCAGAGUAUGGCCGGCGGUGGAAUGGGCGGCGGACCACAAGCCGGUGGCGGUGCAGUUGCUGGCGGCGGUGGCGGCAUGGUCCAGCAGCAACAGAGCAUGAAUCAGCAGCAGACGCCCAAUCUGGUGGCGCAGCUGCAGCGACAAAUGCCCAAUCAGCCGAACAUGAUGGGACAACAGCAACAGUAUCCUCAUCAGCCGCCACCCUAUUAGAUGAACAAAACAAAAGAAAAAAAUAUAGUUUAUAUAAGGCUUCAACUUGUGUACGAAUAUUUAUCAAUGCUAUUUGCAAAUAAAUAAUAACUUUAUUUUUAAA